ACCCUACAAAACACGUCUUUAUUCUUUACUCGUGGGCUUAAACCCUAGCAGUACUCCAACGCCACCACACACCUCCACACAAAGCUAUGGCUUUGGAUCCGAAGGCCGUGAAAUCGGAUUUGGUUCUGAUCCUGGACUUCGGUUCCCAGUACACCCACCUCAUCACGCGCCGAAUCCGAUCCCUUUCCGUCUUCUCCCUAUGCAUCUCCGGCACCUCCACGCUCUCCGCCAUCGCCGAGCUGAACCCGCGCGUGGUGAUUCUCUCUGGCGGACCCCACUCCGUCCAUACGGUGGACUCCCCGUCGUUCCCGUCAGGGUUUCCGGAGUGGGCCCAGGAGAACGAUGUGGUCGUUUUGGGCAUCUGCUACGGCCUCCAGCUCAUCGUCCAGCGGCUCGGCGGCGAGGUCCAGGUCGGCGAGAAGCAGGAGUAUGGGAGAAUGGAGAUCCACGUGGAUUCGGCUCCGGCCCGGGGGCUAUUCGGGUCGAAGCGGGUCGGGGAUAAGCAGGUCGUGUGGAUGAGCCACGGCGACGAGGUGGCGCGCUUGCCCGACGGGUUCGAGGUCGUGGCCCGAAGCCAGCAAGGUGCGGUGGCGGCGAUCGAAAACCGUGCUAAGAGGUUUUACGGGCUUCAGUACCACCCGGAGGUGACACAUUCACCUGAAGGAAUGGAAACGCUACGGUACUUUCUCUUUGAGGUUUGUGGAGUCACUGCCGGAUGGAAUAUGGAAAAUGUAUUGGAUGAAGAAAUAAAAGUGAUCAAAGACACGGUGGGACUCGAAGAUCAUGUGAUAUGUGCCUUAUCGGGUGGUGUGGAUUCCACGGUUGCUGCUACUCUUGUCCAUAAGGCAAUUGGAGAUAGGCUUCAUUGUGUUUUUGUUGACAAUGGUUUAUUGAGGUAUAAGGAGAGAGAACGAGUGGUAGAAACCUUUGAAAGGGAUCUUCAUCUGCCUUUCCAAAAUGCAGAGGUUACUGUCAACGGGCUUAAACACUGA